AUGGCAGAGCUGAAGAAAAUCCACAUCACACAUAUCUCGAUUCUUGGAUAUGUGCCAACAAAUCAGAUAUCAAGGAUUUUGGAAGAUGCUAUUAGGCUAAGGCUAUUUUCACAUAUGCUAAGGGACAAGGCAUUUGAAUGGUUAGAUUCACUUCCUAUUGCAAGCAUCACUACUCGGAUCGAUCUGGCUCACAAAUUCUGCACGAAGUACUUCUCACCAGCCAAGAUAACUAAAAUGAGACACGAAAUAUCCAUUUUCAGCCAGGGAGAAUUCGAAUCAUUUGACGAAGCCUGGAACAUAUUCAAGAAUAUGUUUCGGAAGUGCCCUCAACAUGGGUUUGACAAAAAGACCCAAAUUCGAUUCUUCUAUAUAGGGUUACUCCCGUACUUCAAAAGCAUGGUGGACUCAUCAUCAGAUGACUCAAUUUCCACACGAACAAUUGAUGGAGCACUAGAAUUAUUUGAGAGAAUGGCUACCACUUCAGCCAUGUGGUCCUCUAAGCAGGUGAUUCAAAAGAAGCCUUCAGGUGUCUAUGAGGUAGAUGCAUAUUCAGCCUUAUCAGCAAAGAUUAACUCACUAUUUAACAAGGUGGAAAGCAUAUCACAGUCCACGAAUGCAACAUAUGUACUAAAACUAAAUUGUGAAGAAUGUGGAAGGAAUCAUAGUACGACAGAAUGCCCAAUUCUAUCACAGGGAAUGGAACAAAUAGAGUACACACAAUGGGAUGGGGCAAAUGGCACUUGCUAUGACAAAAGGGCACCAAAUACUUUACCAAGGAAUACUGAGUUGAAUCCCAAUGAGCAUGUUCAAGCGAUCACAACUCGAAGUGGGAUACAACUACCCGAAAGACACGUUGAGAGGCUGAGUGUAAACACUGAAACAACACCCUCUACAAAAGAAGAGAUUGUGCAGCAAAAUGAGCAGACACGUGAAUCUACACCAAAGAAGAGCUUAGAGACAUCACGGGGAAAGACCACCAUUCCAAUUAACCCCUAUGAGCCACCCAUUCCAUUUCCCCAGAGGUUAAAGAAGCAGGGAUGGAGCAGUAAUAUAAGAAGUUCCUCGAAAUCUUUAAGAAGCUCUACAUCAACAUCUCGUUCGUCGAUGCACUACUCCAGAUGCCCAGCUAUGCCAAGUUCCUGA